AUGGAAAUCCCAGAGCUUUCAAUCGACAUCCACCAUCGCAUAAUCGAGCACUUCCACAAUGAUAUCGGAAUGCUUUUCAAGUACGCGUUUGUGAGCCGUAAAAACUGGGAAUACGUACGCACCAGUCGGCGCUACUACUCGGAAGUUUGGCUGACCCGCCUUGAUGGUGGAGUAACAUUGGUUAACCCGAAUGGACGUUUCGAAACUGUAUUCAACCGCACGUUAACGUUACUCCUCGAAGGAGCCAAAGUCAGCACAUUAAUUCUGAAUAUACCAAGUGCCGUCACUCCGCCAGCUUUCAACGCCGAGGAGGUACAGCUGAAUUGGCUGCAAUUCUGGUCGGCCGAAGAGCUCCAGCGCUUCAAGCCGGCCCACAAAUUUCGAAGAAUCUCGAUAAGCUGCGAUUCGCGACCCCCUUCCAAAGACAUUGUAGAUUUUUGCCGAGAUACUGCUGAAGCGCUGGUCCUCCGCGGGGCACCGCAAAAUUCCGAACAAGUCAAGUCAUGCCAAAAAUUCCAAAAUACCCGAAUCUUUGUGGAAAACGGCACGGGGCGAUGUUGGCAACGGCAGUUGAUGUCCAAAUUCUUGGAGGAAUGGAUGAAUGGGGAGCGCGAGAUUGAGGAAAUUUCAGCUUAUAACCAGGAAAUGGGGCCAGAGCAAUGGAACCUCUCCAAGUACCAGGUUGAACAAAUUGACGAUGAUACUGUGAGGGUUAGACGUGCGGAUGGGAAGACGUUACGCGUAAUAACCUCCAAAACCAAACCGGCAUUAUGUUCGGAA